UCCAGUUCUUUUCACUCUUCUAUUAUUCCCACUUUUUACUUGUUUCUAUUGCAUUACGUUUAUACAUAAAUUAUUGAUAUAGAACUAUGAUUCGAGAGAUAGUAAAUGACACCGCCCGUAAUCAACGAUUAAUAAAUGAAUAUCGACGAAUGACACAGCUGGGUAACGAGUACGAACGGAAGCAAGUAUAUCAAAUUCGAUGCGGUCACUGUCAAACGAUGCUGACGAAUCGUGGCAUGAAUGCCGUGCUUUUGUCAGAUCGAUCCGUUCAAUUAUUCUCAACAGAUUUAUUACCAAACACUCUCGGAUUUGUACAAGGAGACUAUUCUGCAGCAUCAUGUACAUGCAGGGUUCGAGACACAGCAUGCCUUAAUUGUGGUAACGUAGUAGGCUAUCAUGUCAAUGUCCCUUGUAAAGUGUGUUUAAGUCAGCCGAACAAUGGGCAUUACUGGAUGUUUCGAAGUGCGGAUAUCAAGCCAUACCAGAUCUUUGCACACUGUAAGGAAGAGAUAAUUAUUACAAGGACGAACUAAACGGUCCUAAAUGUUCAGAUUUGCCAUUGCUAUGGGGAUUCGUACAUGGUGCAGGAGACUUUGUUGCAGGUUAUCAUCGUUUGGGAGACGAAGUUGCU